AUGUCCAAUACCGGCAAUCCCACCAAUUCAUCUUGUCGCUUCUCGACGCGUAUCUCGCUACGAUGGCUGCCCGAGCCUGCGCACGAGACGACUGAUACAAUCGUCAUGUCUGUGAAGGACUGGUAUCUGGAUCUGCGAAUGGACAAGCAAACCGGUGAAAUUGACUGGGCAAUCGCCGGUCAACGACUGAUUGAAAGCCAAGAACCCCUACGUGUAUCUUUCACUCACGAGCUCGACUCCCAUGAUGCCUUUGAAAGUGCCGACUGUGGAACAUUCGUCACUCUCCCGAACGGUGAUGACCUCGAGACGGGAUCCAUGCCCCGUCCUGAUCUCCCAGGUGCGCCAGAGACAGACUACGAGGAGAUUUGGCGAGAGCUGCCAUUCAAGGAAGGCCCUGAAGGACCUGGGAAGGGAAUGUCAUGGGUUCUGGAGUCGGAUGAUGGCGAGCUAGGAGAGGGCAAGGUUUCCGUGACCAAAACGUUCCUGGGUCGAAUUUGGGGGACGUAUCUGGCACUGCAGCAGACCCAGACUCAUAUCCGAGAAAGGAGUCCGUCAGGAGAUUGGGUUGUGAGGAAGAAGGGGGCUGAUGUCAGUGCUAGGAGGGAGGAAUGGAGCUCGGCCUCCAGCUGGGAGGAUCGAUAUGUGGUUGGACCGGCUGGAAAGGCGUUGCCUUCUUUAGGAAACGGACUUGAAGGAGAAGGGAAAGGGCCAUGGAGAGUAGUCGGUGAGAAAGUGAUUGUUCAAGGGAGGGGGUAUAUUGUUCGAGCAUUUGAGGAGAUUUAA